AUGGCUUUUGCAAAGAGGAAGACAAAGAAGAAGAGUACUAACGACUUUGAGGAGGAGGAGGAGGACGAUGCAGACGAUCAACGACAAAAGAAGAAGACGAAAACAACAAAAAAAGAUGACGACGACGAUGAUGAUGAUGAGAAGACAAAGAAGACAAGGACAAAGAGAACGAAGGUAGCGCUGCUGAAAAACAUCUUAAUUUGCGGGACGCCAGGCACUGGGAAAAGCACGCUCGCGAAAUUGGUUUUGGAAAAAGUCAACAACAACAACAACAAACGAAUAUGUUACGAAUACGUCAACGUCGGCGAUGUUUGCAAAGCGAAGGAAUUCUACCAUUUGUUCGACGAGAGAUUGAACUCGUUCGUCAUAGACGAGGAUAAAAUUCUGGACCACUUGGAACCUCUCGUUCGUCGAGGAGGGAUGAUUUUAGACUAUCACUCGUCGGAGUUUUUCCCGGAACGAUUUUUCUCUCACGUGAUUGUUUUGACGUGCGGGAGGGAGAAUACGAAAAUUUUAUACGAACGAUUGGAGAAGAGAGACGGGUACACGAAAGAGAAGAUUAGACAAAACGUGGAGUGCGAGAUAUUCGGGGAGUGCGUGGAAGAGGCGAAGGAGGCGUAUACCGGGGAUGGAGUCGUACACGUGCGAUCGAACGAGACGGAGGAGGAGAUGGAGGAGACCGUGAAGUUUAUCGCGGAGGAGUUAUUGGGCGCUAAAUUGAGAUGA